AUGAAGGCGCUGCAGGCCGUGCUGUCCCAGUGUUCUGUGGAGUCCUCUAGGGCACACAAGCUCCGCCUGCAAAGACUCCAUGAGGCCGACGAAGCCGCAGCGCAGGCUCGGGCCGAAGCUCUGGCUCGGUACACUAGCAAUGCAGAGCUGCUGCAGGAGAUUUUCACCUGUGAUGCCACGCAGCUCUCCGGACUGGCCUCCUGUGCCGCCCUGUGCGGGCGCUGGUGUCCCCCUGAUGCUAGUGGGGAGCGGGAUGCAAGAGAGGGCUGUAAGGGGGGUGAAGGCGAGGAGGAGGUGAAUGUGCGAGCUGCAGAGGCAGGGUUUGAGAUGCUCGCUGCCGUGGCAGCUGAUGGCUCUGGAAGGAUGAACGAGGAAGAGAGGGCUCGGGCGGCCUCUGGUGCUCCUGCUGCUGAUGGUAUCACAGGGUCGUUUCUUAGAGCAUCACACUCUAAAGCCCUACCGCGUGAUUCCACUUUCCCUUCGACUAGACCCUUUGCUGGGCGUCAAGCAGGGGAGGAGCGAUUCGGAGCAGUCAAAAGGGGGGAGCGGUGGGUGCAGGAGGUGGCUGUAAUGGCUGCUGACUUUGAUCCUGUUGUCAUGGCGUUUACAAAUCAGCUUUCAGGGAGGGAGCAGGCUGGAGGGAUGGGUGAAGUCGGUGAGAAGAGGCCCAGGGAAGUGGGGGUGGAGUCUGGAGAGGGAGAGGUUGAGGAGGUUUGGCGUGGCAGGAGGAGGAGUAUGCGCGGUGGGGCGUGGGAUGAUGUGGCGCCAACAGAAUCGGUGCCAACUGUUAGCGCUUCUUGUCGCAGAUCGGGGCAAUGGGGAGGCUCGUUUGUGAACGCUUCUGAACCGGUUGUUAUUGAUGAUGCGGAGGAUGAGGCAGAGGUGAAGGACGACGAAGAUAAGAGGUUCGAUGAGCUGCUGGAGGAGAGGAACAAAAAGAUGGAUGAGUUUGGGCAGAUUAUGGCAUUAGCAGCUACUGAUACAAUGGGGUUGGAAGACUAUCAUGUGAUAGAACUAGUAGGAGAGGGGUCGUUCGGCAAGGUGUACAAGGGACGACGAAAGUUCACUGGCCAGAUGACGGCAAUGAAAUUCAUUCUGAAGCACGGGAAAAGCGAGCGGGACAUAAAGAACCUACGGCAGGAGAUCGAGAUUCUCCGAAAGCUGAAGCACGAGAACAUAAUCGAGAUGCUCGACGCUUUCGAAACCCCGCAGGAAUUCUGCGUCGUCACCGAGUUCGCACAGGGCGAGCUGUUCGAGAUCCUGCAGAACGACCAGGCGCUACCCGAGGCCCAAGUGCAAGUCAUCGCCAAGCAACUGGUGCGCGCGCUGUACUACCUGCACUCGAACCGCAUCAUCCACCGCGACAUGAAGCCGCAGAACAUCCUGGUGGGCGCUGGGGGAAUCAUCAAGCUCUGCGACUUUGGGUUUGCGCGCGCCAUGUCGUGCAACACCAUGGUGCUCACAUCCAUCAAAGGCACGCCGCUAUACAUGGCGCCGGAGCUGGUGCAGGAGCAGCCGUACAACCACACGGUGGACCUGUGGUCGCUGGGCGUCAUCCUCUACGAGCUCUACGUGGGGCAGCCGCCCUUCUACACCAACUCCAUCUACACGCUCAUCAACCACAUCAUCAAGGACCCAGUGAAGUAUCCCGACGCCAUGAGCGCGAGCUUCAAGCACUUCCUGCACGGGCUGCUCAAUAAGACGCCGCAGAACCGCCUCACUUGGCCCGCGCUGCUGGAGCACCCCUUUGUCAAGGAGACGGCCGAAGAGAUUCAAGCACGUGAGGAGCGAGCACAGAAGGCGAUGGAGCGAGCAUGCAGGGCAGCAUGGCACGCGCGUGCCAGCACCUUCCUCCCCCACCCGCUCAUGCCGUCCGCCGCCAAGGAGAACGCCAACGCUGCACCAGACGCCAAGGCGGCGCCAGCAGCAGGGGGAACGACGCCCGUGCCAUGUCCGCCAGGCAAGAAGGCGCGCGAGCUGCCUCUGCGCAACAUAGAGGCGCGCGCCACCCCCCAGAACCUCCUGCCCGCCGCCAAGGCCCCCGCCCCGCCCGGUCAGCCCGCCCAGGCACCGGCGCAGCCGCAGCAGCAGCGGCAGCAGCAGCAGCAGCAGAGGCAGCAGGGGGAGGAAGGGCCAAGAGGGGCGAGAGCAGCGCGAGCAGCAGAGGAGAUGCCGCCUCCCGCUCAGCCAGCAGCCACAGGUGAUUCACCUGCUCGUGGCUGCCGCAUUCGUAGCACGAAUGCAUGUGCCCUUGCUGUUCUGGAAUCGGCCUUCCCACGAGUGCUUGUUGCUAUCCUCUCAGCAGCAGCGAGUGCGCUGCACUCCCUGGCAUCGCUCGUCACCGACCGCCACCCCUCCGAUCCUCCUCUGGACGUGCGCUGCCUGCACUACGACGUGCUCCCAGCCGUCCUAUCCCUGCUCGACACGUGUCUCGCGGACAGAUCCUCCCGCCUGCAGCCUCUGCUGUGCCCCGCGCUGGCCCUGCUCCGCUGCGCCUUCGCCCUCAGAGCGACCCUCGCGGGCAGCCAGGCGGGGAAGGAGAAGGAGAAGGAGAAGGAGAGGCAGGGGAAAGGGAAGAAGGGCGAGGAGGGGGAGUGGGAUCGAGAGACGGAGGGAGCGUUUUUGGAGAAUGCUCUGGCGUUUAUUAAGAAAUACCCCAAGGUGCUGGAAGGGCUAGCGCAGCAGUCAGGCGAGGCGUGCAACCUCGCCACGGCCUCCCUCACUCUCCUCCUCGCCGCCUCCUCUGCCGCCGUCCGCGCAGCCUGCCUCCCCGGCCCCUCUCCCCCCGCCCCUUCCGCCACCGCGCCCCCGUCCACCGGCUCACAGCGGCAGCAGAAAGGGGGAGGGAGCACUCGAGACAGGAGCACAUGCGGCACACAGGGAGCAGCAGCAGGGGGGGCAGGGGGUCGGGGAGGGGCAGCAGCAGGGGCGGGCAGUGUGAGCUACGUGGAUACGGAGAUACUGUCAUGCGCACAGUCAGUGGCUGUGACGGAACACAUGGCCCGCUGCAUUGCUCUCGCAGGGAAGGGCAUUUCGCUCGCUGCCCAAGAGCAGGAGAGGAGGGCUGCAAGAGGUGGCACUGCUGCCCGGGGUGCCGGCCGGGCAGCUGAAAAGAUUGACGCAGAGGAGGCGGGGGAGUGGCAGCAGGCGAGUCUGCAGGCGCUGCUGGGAAUCUGGGCAGCUGUGGAAGGAAUGGAGGCAGCGAGCGGGGAGUGGAGCAGCGGCGACAGGAAAGGAUUCCCACUGGCAGUUAUGCUUGGGGCUGCACCUGGGUGGGAGGGCGUGGAAGGCAUAGGGAAGAAGGGAGGGAAGCUGCGGAGGGCUCUUGGGGAGAAGCUUGAGAAGGGGAGGUUUGUGGGCGAGAGGUUGCUGCGGCGAGUCGUGGAGGUGAUUAUAGGGAAUGGGGCGAGUGCGAGUGGGGCUAUAGCUGCUGCACUAGAGAUGGGCGGCAAGUGGGUGCUGACGUCAGACUCUCAAGUGCAGGAAGUCAGGCUGGCGGCUCUAGGGAGGCUGGCAGGGGAAGGCGGAUUCGGGGAAGGUGCAUCUGCAGGCGAGCGCCGAGGCUCCUUCGGAGGCGGGUCGUGGGGAGGUGGUAGAGCCUCGUUCGGCGGCACCCCUGGUAGCAGCAGCCCAGCAGACGCACCUGACUCUUCAAACAUCUCGGACCUUGUGCUGAAGUACCUCCCGCCCCUCUCUCUGCUCUCCUCCAAGCUGCGGGUUGCUCACGCGCCGGCGUAUUCCAAGGCGAUGGAGGGGUUCGGGGCGUGCAAUGGCGGGUGGGGGGAGCUGUGGGGGGGCGCGGGGAGGGUGGUGGGGCGGUGGCACGGGGUGCGGGACGGGUAUGUGGGCAUGCUCACUGUCUCCCUGCGUCUGGGGGGCCCUCAGGCGGUGGAGAACGCUCUUGGAGAUGGAUUGCUGGUGUCUAUGAUGAGCGUGCUGGGAGGGGGUGUUGGUGCGGGGAAAGGAGGGGGCGGAGGGGGGAGGGGCGGAGCGGGGGAGGCGGUCGAGGGGGAGAGGGCAGCGUGGGCGGCGGGGGAGAGGGGGUGUGCGCCCCCGGACCAUGUGGGGCUGUCACCCACGGGCGUCAUGUGGCUGCUGGCUGGGCUCUACAUGUGCCUGCCUGCCGGUGGUUACCGCUAUGCCCUGAUUGGCGCAGACCCCAUCGACAUCCUCCUGAAGCUUCUCGGAACCUUCCACCUGGCGCACCUGCAGGCGUGGGACAACUGCCAGGGGGGGCCAUGGGGGGAAAUGCAGCUCGCGCUGGGGGGGGGAGGCGCGGAGGGGUCUGGGGGAGGAGGGGGAGGUGGGCGAGGGGGAGGGGGGGCGGAAGCUGGGCAGAUGUGGGGGGAAACAGGGUGGGUGAUGGAGGGAAGCUUGGAGGGAGUAGCACAGCCGGUAUCACUGGAUAUGGUGGUGGAGCUAGUGUGUGGGGUGGUGGACGUGCUCCUCUUCCCCUUCCACGCAGUCGUUGCAGGGGAUGCCAUUGGGGGGGCGACCAGUGCGGCCGGCACCACCAGCGCUGCCCCCGCUGCUUCGGCGGUUAGCGGGGCGGCGGGCGGCAGCAGCGGCAGGUCGGGCGGCAGUGGGGGGGAGAUGGAUGAGCUUUCACGAGCGCUGCUGGCUCUGCAGCCGCAGUACCUGCAGAUGCUGCAGGAGUCGUCAGCCAUCCCAGUGCUGCUGGCAUCACUGGCGGUCCUACAGGGCCCAGCACUCAUCGGUCCAAUCAACCUGCUGUCACGCAUCGCGCACCACUCGCCCGCAGCAGCGGCACUGCUGGUGCGGCACGGGGGGCUGGACCCGGCGCUCAUGGGGAAGCUGUUUGGCAUGGAGGAGCCUGAGGAGGGCGAGGGGGAGGGGGAGGGGGCGGAGGGCGAGGAGGGGCAGGGGUACGUGAUGGAGGUGGUUAUGGACGUGCUUCUCAUCGUCUCACACCUCUCCCGGCUCUCUGAGGACUACUACGAGCCCAUAGCCACGGCGGACAUCUACGGUGCACUGGAGGUGUUCCUCGCGCACCCCGAUGCUGGUGUGCGCUCCAAGUCCUGCAACGCCGUGGGCAACAUGUGCCGCCACUCCGCCUACUUCUACCCCAUCAUGGUGGACUCGGGGAUUCUCUCUCGUCUCAUAGAGUGCUGUGCAGAUCAUGACCGCAACACACGCAAGUUCGCCUGCUUUGCGAUUGGCAAUGCAGCAUACCACAACAGUUCGUUGUACGCCGCCCUGCGGCCAGUCAUCCCGCACCUGGCGGUGCUGCUAGCAGCCGAGAGCGGGCCGCCCAGCAGCAGCGACGACAAGAUCAAGGCCAACGCUGCAGGCGCGCUGGGCAACAUGGUGCGCAACUCGGGGGAGCUCUGCCACGACCUCAUCUCCCAGGGGGCGCUUCAGGCUUUGGUGGACUUGGUCGUGGCUGGAACCAACCAGCAACAAACUCCACGGAGGGAGGGAGGGGAGUCGCAAUCACCAGUUAAGAUUGCAUUGUUUUCCCUUGGCAAUAUGUGCUCGCAUUCGGCGUGCCGUGAGUAUCUCCGGUCGAUAGAUAUCUUCCGUAUUCUACAUCGGCUAAAGAGAUCAGGAGACAUGACCAUAGUGAAGUAUGCAACUCGCAUUCUCAGCAAGUUCCCUGAAAUGCGAGUACACUAA